GCUAUCUGUUAUACAAUCACUAUACGUUAUGCAUCAUCUAUCCGACUGACUUUGUUAAGCCAAGCGACCGCAGCUUUCCUUCCCCUUUUCUGUUUUCAGGCUGUAAACCCAUUUUCCGCAACUGAAAACGUCCUUGCUAGUUUCAGAGGCAGUCAACCCGCCUGUCGAGUCUUGCACAGCGAACCGUAGAUGGCGCGCGCCCAACUCGGUGUUUUUAUUCGGUGGACAGGAGGAAACAGGGGCUCGCAGGGUGUCCCCACCACUCCUCCGUGAGAUGCGCCAGAGAGCUCGCGGGAGGAGAGAGAGAGAAGAGGGUUGACAGUGGCGUCGCAUCCGUCAUUCUUCUCCUCCAGAAUCCCUGACAACUUAAAACGAGGGGAGAUGGGAUCCUAUCUAUAACUGAGUACUUCAGCCCUCCAUUCAACUGUUCUUCUCCUCAUCCCUCCAUCCUGUCCUGUCCUGGUCCGGUGUGGUCCGGUGUGGUCUGGUGUGCAGCCUGAGGGAGCUGUGGUUCUGAUGAGAGCUCUGGAAGGUAAAGCCAGAGAGAGGAGCACAGAGGACCUGGUAUGACCAGCGCAGCAGACGGUGUAGGGAGCCUGGGGAGCCUGGGGAGCCUGGGGAGCCUGGGGGUGGAGCAUCACCUCAGUGUCCAUGACCACGUGGUGAAUGACCACGGAGCCUGGGCCACCGCCAUGAACAACCUGGGCAUCGUACCCAUGGGCCUCAGAGGGCAGCAACUGGUCUCAGAUUCUCUCUGUAUCCAGGGCUUUGACCCAGGUUUGAGUCUCCUAGCUCCCAUCAACCCCAUGAUUGCAGGUAUCAGCCUGGUCCCUCCUCCCCCUGGUCCCCCUGAGAUGCCCAUCAUCAAGGAGAUCAUCCACUGCCAGAGCUGCACCCUGUUCCCUCAGAACCCCAACCUGCCUCCUCCAUCAACACGUGAGCGCCCCCCAGGGUGUAAGACAGUGUUUGUGGGGGGUCUGCCGGAGAAUGCCAGCGAGGAGAUCAUCAGGGAGGUGUUUGAUCAGUGUGGUGAGAUCAUCGCUAUCAGGAAGAGCAAGAAAAACUUCUGUCACAUCCGCUUCAGUGAGGAGUUCAUGGUGGAUAAGUCCCUCUACCUCUCUGGCUACCGGAUGCGUAUCGGCUCCAGUACAGAUAAGAAGGAUUCAGGGAGGAUGCACGUGGACUUUGCUCAGGCCAGAGACGACCUGUAUGAGUGGGAAUGUCAACAGAGGCUGCUGGCCAGGGAGGAACGACACCGACGCAAGAUCCACGAAGACUUCCUCCGUCCGCCCUCGCCACCUCCCAUCAUGCAUUUCUCCGAGCAUGAGGCGGGACAGCUGGCGGAGAGAUUGAAAGAUGACCAUAAGUUCAGUGAGGCGACUGCAGUCCUGUUCACGUGGAUCGACCGUGGUGAGGUCAACCGGCGGUCGGCCAAUAACUUCUAUUCUAUGAUCCAGUCGGCCAAUAGCCACGUCCGGAGGCUGAUGAGUGAGAAGGCCCAGCACGAGGAGGAGAUGGAGCUAGCCAAGGAGACGUUUAAAAAUGCCCUGCUGGCCAUAUUGACUCAGUUCGAGCAGAUCACGGCUGUGUUCACCGCUGCCUCCAGGCAGAAGGCAUGGGACCAUUUCUCUAAAGCGCAGCGCAAGAACAUAGACAUUUGGAGAAAGCAGUGUGAGGAGCUGAGGAAUGCCCACAGUGAGGAGAUCAUGGGGAUUCGCCGGGAGGAGGAGAUGGAGAUGUCUGACGACGACUCGGAUGAGAGCCCCUGUAAGAAGAUACGCAUGGAGGAAAAUGGUGUGUGUGGCCAGUCUGGGGCCUCUCUGAGGGAGGAGAAUGACUCUCUGCGUUGGCAGCUGGACGCCUACAGGAAUGAGGUGGAGCUUCUGAGGAAGGAGCAAGGCAAGGCUUGCCGCCCUGACGACCCUGAACACUUCCCCGACACACACACACACCUGCUGCAGCAGAGCAUGCACAACAUGCAACAGCAACUGCUGAGUCUGCAGGAGCAGCUGAGGAGUAAGGAGGUGGUGCUGGAGCAGGCUAGAGACGAACACAGAUACCUGCAGGGAGAAGUCCUAGCCCUGAGAGACAAGAUGCUGACUAAUGGGGGUGUAGUGGAGGGGAACAACGGAGAAACACCUGAGAAGGUGGUGAACGGGUGUGUGACCACUCUGUACCGCAGCAGAGACCGGAGGAGCGAAGCAGCCAUGAGAGGAGCCCUCACAUCAGAGAGAGAGGCUCUGCUACUGG